GUAUUUUGUUGGGCUAAUGUAAUACUUGUAAAUUGAAUUUUGAAACCCCAUCAAUUCACAGACACUUAGGUUUGUUUAUAGCUUCAAACUCAUCAUUAUGUUGUAUACUUCUCCUGCGUUCAAAUUUUGACAACACAUUCUUGUAUUUGUAUCAUUAAUAUUAGGUUUUAUUUUGAAUUCUGUAAAGAUACAGUUUCCAAAAUGCAAAUACCCUGUUAAUUACUAUGUUAUUUUGAUAAAAGCUCUUUCCGAACAGUCUGAUGAUGUAAGUUUUUCUGACGAAUUAGCCUCAAACACAAAUUUGAGGCUUUAAUAUACUGAAUAAUUGGAUUUACCUCUUGUGCUUUUCCUUUCUCUAUGUUAAUUUUCGUAUGAGACCAUUACAGUAUUCCGAGCCAAUUAAAUAAUUGUUAUUUUUUACAAUGCAAACUUCUUGGAUGCCCUCAGGGUGCCGUCGCUAGCUGGCAACGGUUAAGGGGCACGGCACGAUCCCUUGGGCUACCCAGUGCAGUGAUGAUCCUGAAUAUUUAGAGCUUAAUAUUGAUAAAUUUGGCAGUGUUUAUUUAUUCUAUCCAUGGUCAGGCAAAAUCGUGAGAAAUGCUGUUAACGAUUGGAACAAAACUGUAUACCAUGGAUCGAAUAUUGGAGAUUUGAUCAAAUAAGAACGACUUGGUUAGAGAUGUAUCAGAUAAAAUUUGCUACAUGCCAUGUUAUCAAUACUUGUUCAUCAAAUUUAAGUUCUUAUUCUGGUUCCAUUUUAUUUUUUAAACGGCUUUCUAUCGAAAAUUAAGUUGCAGAUUUCCCAUUAAAUCUUCUUGUCGUCUGUACUAAACCGAAGUGAUUUCCAAGGAAAUAAUGGUUAUGUGAUGCUGGAAUACAUUCAGACGACUGGUGCCUUGAUAUACCUUAGGUUUGAGGCAUGGAACAGGUAGACAAGAUAAUUCUCACAUCUCUUGCUGCUAUUGGCUGUGACUUGGAGGAAGAUGUGGAGUCGCUGUCGCAGCUUGGGAUGGGCGCGGUGGUGGAGGGCGUCGUGGUGUGUCUGAAGGCGAUCGACGCUAAGCAGUUUGCGUCGCUGUCCCACAAGCUGCCUCCCAACAUCGCUCAGAGAUUCAGAGCGGCCACGGCCAUCGCCGAUGCCGUUAAGGCUUUAGGCUACACCGGGGACCUUGGCUACCAGUCGCUGCUCUACCCCAACGAAGUUGACGUCCGGCGCUUCUUCUCAUUUCUCCUGGAGCGUCUCCCUAAAGAAGACAUCGAGGUUCAGCGGGAAGACCUCUCCCCAGCCGGAGUGCUGCUCGCUAGAGCUCAGCAGCACCUGCGGCAGGCGUUGUCACGACCCUGGCUGCCCCCACACUGCCGCCACGCUCUCCUCAAACGGCGGGACAAACUAAAUGGCAACUUACUGAUGCCCCUUGGUGAAACUCGUCAUUUACGGACGUUUACGUCUCGCUCAACGCUGCCCCUUGGCCUAUCGCCCCAACCUGCCUCCCGUAAGCUCCUGUCCACGGAAGAGUGUACAUUAUCUCGCCCUGCUUGUUUAAAGCGCGUCUUGCGAGAUGACUCGGGUCAGGUUGACAGCCGUCUUCUCCUCUGCAGCAUCUUGGCAAGUCAUGCCCGGCAGCUGCAGUGUGGGGCACUGCCUGUGCGUUCGAGUGCUAAGCUGACCACUAAUUUGGACCCGUUAUUGCACGUGAUAUCGCCAUCUACCGACAGCCUCGUGACGCCGCUCUCUCCGCUGUCUCCUAUGAUGAACCUUUCAUUGGAUGAGCCGCCCCCUCAAGAGCAGCAGCAAAGUCUCGAGGAGCUGCGCGCCGAAAUUGCUCAGCUCGAAGAGUCUGAACGACAGCAGUUGAGUGUCAUUCAUCAAGCUGCUCUUCAGAACGAGAAAUUGUCGGCGGAGCUGGAGGUCGUAAAGGAGAGCGAGCGUGAGGUGCGGGAGUCCCUCGAGUCUGCUGAAGUUUCCCUCAGUCUGUUGGCGAGCUACGAGCAGAGUCGGGCUCGGCUCGAGUCGGUCAUUGCUGCAGCACCAGCACGAGCAGAAAAGCUCAGAGAGCAGUUCGAGCAGCAUUGUGCUCCGCUCAAGGAGCAGAUAGAGAUAGUCAAAAAUAGUGUCACUACUCAACAGGCAGAAUUUGAGGCCCUCACUUCCGAGAUUGAGAAGCUGCGCUCUGAACGUCAGGACUUCUUGCAAGACAUCCCCGUCAUCGAGGCACAGGCUGAAACGAUUGAAAAGAAAAUUCAGGGCAGAGGCCAGGCUAUUAGCAGGUCGGUGUACACGAAACAAAUCCUGGACAUAACGGCGAAAGUUCACAAGCAGCGACAUGUGACGGAGGAAGUACUGCAAAAUAUCAGAAAACUACAAAAAGAAAUUAAUUCGCUUGAGGGUAAAAUUGAUCGAAGUUUUGCAGUGGUUGAAGAACUGUCGUACCAGGCGUCCUGGAUGACUGGAGGCACGGGACUGUACCGCACCGUCAUAGCUAUGCACGACGCCUGCAACGAGAUCGUUGACGUCCUAAGGGAGACUGGAGUGAUCAAGCGCAAGACUGCUGAUCUUCGCGAACAAGUCGCGCAGGAGCAACGUAAAGAUAUUGCCGAGGCGCUAUCUCGGCUGAAGAACGAUUUGUCAGCGGUAAAGCAAGAAAACGAACUUCUAAAGAGUCGCAUUGCCAGCAAUGCGACUUAAUUAUCUACUCCCUAAUCUAGUAUUGUUUUUAUAUUAUUACAUUUUUGGUGUAUGUAUUUAUAUUUAU